AGGCCAUAAUCGUUCUAAAGAAUCAUCACAGUGGAAAAAUGAAGAUCCUGAAAGCCCAGUUAGAAGCCUACCAAGAGUUGGUAGACAAGAAAAAUAAGCAAUGGCAAAAUACAACUAAGAGUCUGAGGGAGAAAAACGGGCAACUGAGCCAAGAAAAUAAAGAUCUUCUUUACCAGAUAAAGCAACAAAAUGAGACAUGGGCAGAAGAAAAGACUUGGAUUCUAGAAAGUUUCUCUCAAAAACUAGAUCAUCUGUAUACUCAGCACUCUUUGACACUGCAGGAACUUCAGAGGAUCAGACUGAAUAUGGAAAAAGUGCAAGAGAUAGUGAAUUUACAGAUGGAUUUUCCUCAGGAAAAAGCCUUAGUUACAGCAGAAAAGGUAGUUGACGAGGUGGAGGAACAUGAACAUUUGCUGCAAAAAGAAUUUCUGUGGAAAGCACAGGCCAUGCUGGAAAUGGCACAACAGUCCUUACAUAAACGAGAGAGAGAGGUAGCUGAACUUCUACAAAGCGAGAGUGGACACAAUGAAACAAUGAAACCUCAAAUCACAGUUACAACAUUACUAAAAACUCUUGUGAGCAAGGUCCACACUAUAUAUUGUGAUGUACCUGAGGCACAACAAUGCAUCAAUGAGCUUAUUGAGAAGAAUGAUGCUGAAAGGGCUAAUCGGAAAGAAGAAUUUAAUAAUGCGCAGGCUGACAUCCUGUCCUAUAAAGUUAUUUAUGGAAAUAAACCUACGGAUUACAAAAGGGAACAGUUUUCAGUGAAGCUUUCCAGAAAUCUUGUGACUGCAAAGUCUGAAUUAGAAUAUGCUGAAACAGAGAAGAUUGCAUUGGAUUGCAUCCAAAUGGGGGAAAUCCCAGACUGGAUUAGCAAACAUUGUCCAUAUUUAACCUUGACAGAUUCUGACCAAAAAAAGUAUGCUGAUGAGAAAAGCCACCUUCCAGAUGAAGCCAUGCAAACACUCAACAGAAAAUCACAGGUAACGUGUUAAGAUGUUUUGGGUAUGAAAGGACAGGAAAAAUUAAGAAAAUAUAUAACCCUCCUCUGAUUACCAUUA